UGGUAACAAGCUUAUUUAUUUGCAAAAGCGUCUCAAACCGUGCAAUAAAACAAAAUUUGACAGUAUUUGUCAACAAAAUUUUGAUUUUGAUUUUAAUGAAAAUGAACGGGAAAGUUCUCGAAAUCGGUUCCACAAUCAACAUCGAGCGAAGUGACGGUAGAGUGCAUCCGGCAAUCGUAUCCAGCAUUAACUACGAGCUGGACAUAGUCGGGGUUGAGUGGUUUGAGGCAGGUGAAACCAAAGGCAAGGAAAUCGACUUUAAUUGCGUCACCAGACUAAACCCUCACAUCGCCGCUAUAAAGCCAGACGUUCAGAGAUUCAGUGAGUGUUCCUCUGACGUUGCUCUAGUCGAAAAACCGAAAAAACGCCAGUCUAUCGCCGUGUACAACAAUCGCGUCAAAUCCUCCAAGUCGAGAAUCACCCAAGACAUCGUUAAGCCGAAAAAUUCACUCAAAGACAAGUACCCCCAAACCUCGCGGUCCGUAAUCGAGCACAUCUCCAACUCGUUCGAGAGCAAUGUGGUCAAGAAAGUGGGAAAACUGGAGCUCGAACGCAUCGAGCGCCGCAAAAAACAGGCGGAAUUCAAAGCGGAAAAAGUCGAGCUGACCAAACGUAACGCCGAUAACCCCCAUUGGGAAUUGCACCAAAUGAUCCACGAUUACUGUAAAAACCUGAACUAUAAACCUUUGACGAUCAAUGAUGUAAUAGAGGACCGUCUCAUAACAGUCUGCGUCCGCAAGCGACCUUUGAACAAGAGCGAAAACGCGAAGAAAGAAGUCGACGUUAUAACAGUGCCCAGCAAAAACCAAAUCAUCGUUCACGAACCCAAAACCAAAGUCGAUCUCACCAAAUACCUCGAAAACCACUUAUUCAAAUUCGAUUACACGUUCAACGAGCAUUGCGACAACGAAAUCGUCUACAAAUACACGGCGCAACCACUCAUCCGGACGGUUUUUGAGGGCGGUUUCGCCACGUGUUUCGCAUACGGACAGACCGGAUCCGGGAAAACGUACACAAUGAGCGGCGAUAUUUUCCGAACGAAUGCCCACAAGGGAAUUUAUGCGAUGGCUGCGACCGACGUUUUCCGACUUGUAGCGUCCCCAAAAUACCGGCAUUUAAACUUGAUUGUAACGUGCAGUUUCUUCGAGAUUUACUCGCGCAAAGUGCUCGAUUUGUUGAACCGUAAAGGCGAUUUAAAAAUCCUGGAAGACGGCAAGCAGCAGGUCCAAGUUGUGGGCCUCACCGAAAAGGUUGUGUCCUCAGUUAAUGAAGUUCUGGAGUUGAUUAAUCACGGGAAUAUGGCCAGGACUUCGGGGCAAACCUCGGCGAACGAAAACUCCUCGCGUUCGCAUGCCGUUUUCCAGAUUUAUUUGCGUCCGGCGAAGAAAUUUAAUUCGCUGCAUGGAAAAUUCUCUUUGAUUGAUUUGGCGGGGAACGAGCGCGGGGCCGACACUUUGUCGUCCACUAAGACAACGCGAAUGGAAGGGGGCGAGAUAAACAAGUCGCUUUUGGCUUUGAAGGAGUGUAUAAGGGCCCUGGGGAGGAAAGGGGCUCAUUUGCCGUUUCGGUUGAGUAAAUUAACGCAGGUUUUGCGCGAUUCGUUCAUCGGGGCCAAUUCGAAGACUUGCAUGAUUGCGAUGGUGUCUCCUGGAGUCAGUUCGUGCGAAAAUACGUUGAAUACGUUGCGGUACGCUGACCGGGUUAAGGAGCUAGGGGGCGGCGAGUUGCAGCAUUUGUCGACGAUUAAUGAGAAAAAUAACGAGAUUAUUUCGAUGGGGUUGGAGGAGGAGAAGAGUUUCUCGGAUAAUUCCGAAGAGUUUAAAAUUGUUAAAGAAAAAGUUGUUAAUCUACACAGAGAGAUUAUUAGUAAACUGCAAGAUGCGACCAAGGAGGCCAAGUAUUUGAAUAAGUGUAUUGACAACGAACCGGAGAAGUACUGUCGGGAAUUCGAAGAGUUUGUCGACGAUACUGUGGCGUUUUUGUUGAAUGUUAAAAAUAGUGUCAUUGAAUAUAAAAUGAAGCUGUUGGCCGAAGAAUGAUUUUUUGCAAUAAAUUGUCUGGCAAGAA